GCGAAGAUCGGAUUACAAGAUGGCGGUCUGUAGAUGUUAGCGAGGAGGCCGUCAGAGUUGUUGUGCUUUCUUUGCAUUUAACUGUUUUAUCAUCAGGCCUGUUGCUUAGCCCCUUUAUAUCGUAGACGUAUUGUGUUUAUGAAGUUGGCCCCAAAAUACAGGAUUGCUGCCGUAAACCGUUAUUAGACGCGCGUGUUUCAUAACAUGCAGGUGAGAAAAAAGUUAACAGGUCGAGGAAAACACUAGACGGGGUGAGCUGAUAGCCUGUUAGCUCCGACUCGGUUAACCAUGUCGGACACUCGGCGGCGGGUGAAAGUGUACACCCUGAAUGAAGACCGACAGUGGGACGACCGGGGCACUGGACAUGUUACGUCCUCGUUUGUGGAACGACUGAAGGGAAUGUCGUUGUUAGUUCUAGCCGAAUCUGACGGUUCAUUAUUGUUGGAGUCGAAGAUAAGUCCGAAUACCGCAUAUCAGAAACAACAGGACACGCUGAUUGUCUGGUCAGAAGCAGAUAAUUAUGACCUUGCCUUGAGUUUCCAGGAAAAAGCAGGCUGUGAUGAGAUCUGGGAGAGGAUUUGUCAGGUUCAAGGUAAGGACCCUGCUAUGGACAUCACUCAGGACCCCAUCGACGAGUCGGAGGAAGACCACUUUGAAGAGAUUCCAGAGACCACCCACCUGGUCGAGCUCCCGCCUUGUGAAUUAGGUCGGCUUGAAGAAAUUGCAGAUCUGGUGACUUCUGUCUUGUCCUCGCCCAUUCGGAGGGAAAAACUUGCCCUGGCGCUGAUGAACGAGGGAUACAUCAAGAAACUGCUGGGUCUCUUCAGAGUUUGUGAGGACCUGGACAACCGAGAAGGCCUUCAUCACCUCUAUGAGAUUGUGCGAGGCAUCUUGUUCCUCAACAAAGCAGCCCUGUUUGAGGUCAUGUUCUCUGACGACUGUAUCAUGGAUGUGGUGGGCUGCCUCGAAUACGAUCCAGCUCUGGUUCAGCCAAAACGUCACAGAGAGUUUCUGACCAAGACAGCAAAGUUCAAGGAGGUGAUUCCCAUCACAGACUCAGAGUUGCGGCAGAAAAUCCACCAGACCUACAGAGUUCAGUACAUCCAGGACAUAAUCCUGCCCACACCCUCAGUCUUUGAAGAGAACUUCCUGUCCACACUCACAUCCUUCAUCUUCUACAACAAAGUGGAAAUUGUCAGUAUGUUGCAGGAGGAUGAGAAGUUCCUCACUGAGGUCUUUGCACAGCUGACAGAUGAAGCCACAGAAGAAAGUAAAAGACGGGAAUUGGUGAAUUUUGUUAAGGAAUUCUGUGCUUUUUCCCAAACAUUGCAGCCACAAAACAGGGAUGCUUUCUAUAAAACUUUGGCAAAUCUCGGGAUUUUACCUGCUCUUGAAAUAGUGAUGGGAAUGGAUGACUUGCAGGUGCGAGCAGCGGCUAUCGACAUAUUCUCUUAUCUGGUGGAAUUCAAUCAUCCAGAAGGAUCUGCAAAGAUGAAUCCAGUUUGUCCAGACAACUUUCAAACAGCUCAGCUGCUCGCACUGAUCCUGGAGCUUCUCACGUUCUGUGUGGAGCACCAUACCUACCAUAUCAAGACCUAUAUUAUGAACAAAGACCUGCUCAGGAGAGUUCUGGUGCUCAUGAAUUCCAAACAUACCUUCCUUGCUCUUUGCGCGUUGCGUUUCAUGCGCAGAAUCAUUGGACUAAAAGACGAGUAUUACAACCGCUACAUCAUCAAAGGGAACCUGUUUGAGCCCGUCAUAAAUGCCCUGCUGGACAACGGCACCCGAUACAACCUCCUCAACUCGGCCAUCAUCGAACUCUUUGAGUUCAUCAAAGUGGAGGACAUCAAAUCUCUCAUAGCUCACAUUGUGGAUAAUUUCUACAAAGCACUUGAAUCCAUCGAGUAUGUUCAGACGUUUAAGGGCCUGAAAGGUCGAUACGAGCAGGAAAAAGACAGGCAGAGUCAAAAACUCAACAGAUAUCGCAGAGACGCACGGUCGUUGGACGAGGAUGAGGAGUUGUGGUUCAACGAUGACGACGAAGAUGACGAGGGAGAGACUGUGGAGAGGAGGAUGGACGAAGACUUCUCUGACAGCUAUGAGAAGUUCAUGGAAGCCAAAAAGGGAGCCGCCAACGGAGCCAACAACGCCAAGUCUGCCGCGGUACCACCUGCCUCACCAGCCGUCACUUCGAACAGUUCAUCUUCCUCUGUCAAAACAGUUGCUCUUCCUGCCACUCCUGUUGCUAAGACUGCUCUUGUCGGUUUGGUGGACUACCCUGAUGAUGAGGAUGAAGAGGAAGAAGAAGAAGAGGAGGAGGUGGAGGAGUCUCCAAGAAAGCGACCCCGUCUGAGCUCUUAAGGCUAAUAAUAGUCCUCUCUGGUUUGGCCAUGGUGGGCGGACGUCACGUCCCUCCCACUUCCUUCUCCCCCGGCUUUCUCAGCCUGCCGGUGCCGCCCUUUGGUCCUUCUGAGGUGUUGCACCAAAUGAGAUGAGCCACCCGCCUUUCUCAGUCCUGAACUCUGCUCCUUGCUCCCUCUCUGGAAGGAGGCGGAGAGCUUCUCUGGAAAGACAGAUUGCAGUCUGUUUCUGUAGACUGAGUUAAAUUUUUUUUUUUUUUUUAUUAAAAACAAUCCAGUCAGGAAAUCCAAAUCUCUCUUCUCUAAAGGAACCAUCCUUGCUUUUCACUUGUUUUCCUCCACUUUUCCUUCAGCGUUCAGCUGUCAAACAAGCCUUGGUUUAGUCCUAUCCUCCUUUUUUUUCCUCUGUAUUUCUGUCGCUGCAAAAGCCAGGAAGCUUCAGCACAACAACAGUCUUUGACAUCCAUCACCGAACCAAACCGAAGAGACGGCAGAAAACUUAAACCCAGCCAGCCAGCACCAACUGUUCAGCUGGCCGUCCAGGCUAGCAGGACUAGCCCUGAGAGCUCGGCUGGCUGGAGCAGAUUGUUUCAGAUUCAGGGCAGCAUAGAAAUGUUAAAUGAAGGGGGGGAGGUGACGAAGCGAAAUGUGGAUGAACACUCAGCUGUGAUGCUGCUGAGCUCCAGUAGAGCAGGACUCAAACGUUAAAAGCCAUGGCAUCAGAACACAAACACAAUGUUUUGCGGGGCUGUGUUAGCCAGGAGUCCUGCAUUUCACAAGUCUGUUCAAAUACUGUAUAUAUGUUUCUCUUUCUACCCAUAUUUCCACAAUGUGGUUUUAAAAAGAGGGAGAUGCCCACCUGCCUUUUUUCUUUUUAUUUUGUCAUAACAGAAAAAGGUGGGGAUCACUGUUCACCCUUCUGUUUGAGUCAGUGUAAACUUCUGAAAAGGUUAAAUGUCAGGUUUAAAAAAAGAAAAAAAUCAAUAUUAAUACUGCAGCAAUGUCACUUUUGAAGACACCAUUUGGAGGAUGUUAGGAUUUUCUUCAGUUUGGGUUUGGUGGCCUUUCUGUAAUCCAGAGCCAAACAUUCUGCUCUGGUUUCAUUUGACCUAAGCUCCACCUUCCAUAAGGCUGAGUAACUCGCCGUUCACACAGAUCACAGGUGCAGAAUUCCCCACUUCAUUGGAGCUGAAAGUCUUUCAUAUCCAUACCAGCUGAUAUUCCUGAGCACAUUUGCUCCAUAUUUGCUUUAUUUUAAAACUGCAGUGAAAUAAGUUGAAGGAAAAAUUUGAUGCAAUGUAAGUAUGAAUGGAUGAGCUUCUUUUCAUCUGAUUGCGACAUGAUUUGGCCCUUAUGGUUGAGGCGGUGUAGAUUUUAAAUUUACUUUGUUUUACUCAGUCAAAACGCACAGAGUCAGAUGAAGGGAUUGAAAACAUGAGUACGAGGAUAAAGGCAGUGUGGCUGGAACGUCUAAGAUGCCAAUGUGCUUGUCUGGAGCUGAGCAGCUUUGCUCCUUUCUGUCAGCAUCACCCAGCAGUGACCAUUUCUGCUCUCAACUUGUACCAAGUGCAUUUAGUACCACUGUCCAUUCUUAACAUUUGUAUGA